AUGGGCAGGCAGCUUACUUUCGGAGUAUUAUUUAAUGGAUGCAAGAAGGAUAAGAAAAAAGCGGGCGCGUUGGAGAAAGAAAUAACGGGCGUGUUGAAGAAAUUUGAUGGCGUGCAUCUGAGAGAGUUUGAUUUCGGCCAAGGCAAGUUGGUGGUGGAAGUGGCGGACAAUACUAGUGAUUCAAACCUACUCACUAUUAUUAAGGCGCUUCAAAAGAUUAAGAAAGUGCAUAGCGUGGACCUCAUGAAAGAUGAAGGGGCUUCAGAAAAAAGCCAACCCCAACAACAGCAACUCAACAAGAACAUGGAAGCUGGUGGUGGCAAACCCAAAAAAGCUGUCACGUUCAUAUUGCCUGAGGAGGAGGAGGAGGAAGAAUCUGAUGCUGAUGCUGAUGAUGAUGAUGAUGAUGAUGAUGAGAUGCCCAAGGUUUGCAUGGGAGAGAUUGAUAAAAAAGGUAAAGAAAAAAUUGGAUGGACACAAGGGAGAGGCAAUGUUGGAGAUAUGCAUCAAACGGCCAAUAUGGGCCAUAUGGUUCAGAAGGCCAUGAUGAGUCAGAUGGGCCAGAUGAGACAUGUGCGUCAGAUGGAUCAGAUGGGCCUUAUGGGCCGGGUGGGUCAUUUGGGCCAGAUGGGGCAAAUAGGUGGUUGUUAUACGGGGCCCGUGGGCAGCUAUCCAGUGGGUCCAGCAGCACAAGGGAUGAUGGGGUAUGGGUAUGGGUAUGGAUAUGGGUAUGACAAUUAUUAUAACCAUAAUCAAGGGCAACACAUGAACAUGAUGCCGGCGAUGGGGAUGGAUGAAGGGAGAGCAAACUGGAAUGAUAAUGAUAUGAACAACAACACGCCAAUGCCAUCACAGCAAGAGCAAGCAAUGGAUCCUUAUACUUACUUUAGUGAAGAAAAUGCUAAUGGCUGCGCUAUCAUGUAA